GGCCGGGAGCUGCGGGGCCGGUGCGAGGCUGCGGGGCCGCCGCCGCCGCCCAUGGAGCCCAACGGGACGGCGGCGGCGGGGGGCAACGCCUCGGCGGCGGCGGCGGCGGCGGCGGCGGGGGGCGGCGGUCCCCCCGGGGGAGGCCCCCUGCUCAUCCCGUCGGCCUUCGGGACGGUGCUGUCGGUGAUGUACGUGGCCGGGGUGGUGGGCAACGUCUACACGCUGGUGGUGAUGUGCCACUCGGCGCGCUGCGCGGCCCCCAUGUACAGCUCCAUCGUCAGCCUGGCCCUGGCCGACCUGCUCUACCUCUCCACCAUCCCCUUCAUCGUCUGCACCUACCUGGCCCAGGACUGGUACUUCGGGGACCUGGGGUGCCGCAUCCUGCUCAGCCUGGACCUGCUCACCAUGCACGCCAGCAUCUUCACCCUCACCCUCAUGUGCACCGAGCGCUACCUGGCCGUCACCCGGCCCCUGGACACCCUGAAGCGGUCGCGCGGCUACCGGAAGGUCACGGCGGGGGCCGUCUGGUCGGUCUCGCUGCUCCUUACCCUGCCCAUGAUGCUGAUGGUCACCCUGACCGAGGGGGGCAAGGCGGAGGGCAAGGUGAAGAGGAUGUGUGCGCCCACCUGGAGCGUGGAUGCCUACCGGACCUACCUGACGGUGCUCUUCAGCACCAGCAUCAUGGCCCCAGGAAUCAUCAUCGGCUUCCUCUACACGCGCCUGGCCAGGACCUACCUGGAGUCCCAGAGGAACCCCCCCCACAAGGAGAAGAGCAAGAGGUCCCCCCGGCAGAAGGUCCUCAUCAUGAUUUUCAGCAUCGUGCUGGUCUUCUGGGCCUGCUUCCUGCCGUUUUGGAUCUGGCAGCUGGUGCGACUCUACAGCAGCUCCCUGCAGCUCACCACCCAAACCCAAAAGUGCAUUAACUACCUGGUGACCUGCCUGACCUACAGCAACAGCUGCAUCAACCCCUUCCUCUACACCCUGCUCACCAAAAACUACCGGGAAUACCUGCGCAACAGGCACCGCAACUUCUACAGGUUCACAUCCUCCUUUCGCAAGAGGGGCUCCAACCUGCAGUGCUCCUGGGGACGGUCCACGUCCUCCAGCAACCAGUAUGACUACAGCUCGGAGGCCGUGGGCAUGGCCACGCUGAAGGACAAGUGAGGAAGAGGAAGCGCUCCGGAGACACCGGGACCAGCAGAGCGUCUGGCCAAGGGCUUCUCUCAUUCCAUUUGACCUCAUGUUCCAUCCCCAGAGGAAUUACAUCAAGACUGGAUCCCCAAUGCCAUGGUCUGGGUUGCAAGUAAAGGAGAUGGUGAUGGCAUAGCGAGUGCCCCAGUGAACCUUUUCUACCCGAUGAAGGUUCUCUGAUCCAGAGGUGAAAAAGGAAACCCGGCCUGUAAAGACAAAAUAUAUUUAAUCAGUGACAUGGAGUUUGCCACUUGGCUAUCAGCUCCCUGCACAGUUUUGCUGUUGUCUCAGUCCAACUGUUCCCUAGCUACCUGAGAGCCCAUAGGUCAGCAAAGACAAACUGUUAUGAGCUUAUGCUGCACUCUGACAGCUUUAUGUACUGUUUAAAACGUACGUUAAUCCUUUGUGCUACAAAGCUGGAGACAUAAUUCCACAAUAACUCAUAGUUUAUAAAAGGCAGGAGGAAGCCAAGAACAUCUGAAGCCAGUUCUUAGUUGCCUCAAUUAAAAAAAAAAAAAAAAAAAAAGAGAAAAAGAAAAAAAGGAAAAAAGCAACUCUAGUGACUGUCGGCAAAGUAUAUUGAUUUCCUCCCUGCUCCCCUUCUAGUCUGGGCUCUAAUUUUAGACCAAAGAAGGAGGAAGUACUACAAAGGUGGCCAAAAGUCUUCAGUGAAAAAACGCUCAGCAGGUUUACAAACAGCUGUGGCAGCUUAUCAGCAUUAUACCCAGUAUUUGCUAUAGCUUUUUGUGCGCAGUCUGAUCACUCACUGUUGAGCCAGGUUAGAAAGUUAGGUAUCAGUCAUAUACAAAUUAAUUUUCCUUAGAAGGAAUGACUCCAUCAAUGCAUUGGCUUGGAAAUUGUUUUAUAAAUGCAAGUGCUUACUCCUGUGCUUCAUCCUGUCCAAGCUUUGACCACCACCUUGCCUUAGGGUUCUCCAAGCCUUAAGUGGCAUCAAGGUGAAAUGCAGUUACUUUGAUAAUGACAGUGGAAAUAUAUUAGCAUCCCACUUGAUGAAACAGCAGAAUGGAGCUCUCUGCACUUUCACAUUAUUAAACUGUUCUGAGAAUGUAAAAGUUUGAUGUUGGCAUGUAACUCAGAACUGACGCAACUCUGUAGGACUGCUGAAGUUCUCCUGAGAAAGCUAGUAAUACUCAUGCACAACUGUUUUAUCCCAAUGGCAUGUGGUUUUCCUACUCAGGCUUUUUUUCCAUUGUUCAAGUUAGAUUAAAGUUUUUAAAGAGCUUAUCAUAGGGAACUCAUAUUGACAAUCUAACUCUGCCUGGGACUCAUUCACAAUCAGGCAAAAUGAAACACUUGGAUGCCUACUUAAAAUUUGAACAAGAUAAACUAUUCCAACCAUUACACAAUCUCCACCACAGAACUGGGCACCAGACACAUAGCUGGUUUUCUCUUCUAAAAGUGAUCCAAAAGAUCCAGAAGUUACUUUGCUUACAUACUCCUAAGCAGCACACAUGGGAGAUUUGAACAAAACUAGACUGGCCUUAUAGAGCUUGGUUUACUCACUUAUCUCUGAAGUCUAUUUAAGUAGCCUCUGUGUCCCUUGCAUGUUCAGUUGCAGUUCACAUUUAAUCUUUCAUAGUUCACAUAGUCUUUCAUAACUGCCAAGCAGAAGUCAUAUCAUACUCUUCUCUGCCUGUGGCUGCACAUCAAUAAUUGGUAAAGCUAUAUAUAAAGAAUAGAUUUGUUCGUAUGCACAGCUCAUUUACACCUUGGUGUCCUGCUUUUCUGGAUGAAAGACUAAAUGAAGGCAAUGCACUCCUAUCCUACGAGUGUUGCAAUGAACAGCGCUACCCUCAAGAAUUUCAUACAAAGUCCUGUGCCAUGAAAUUUUUUUCUUUUAAAUCUUAUUUCAACAUCAUUCACAUACUUUAUUAUCAAUCCCUCGCCUACCCGCCCAAAGCUUUGCCUUAAACUGAUUUUCAAGGUUUUUUGUUUGAUCUCUUAUUAGAAGUAGUAGUAAAUAGAGUUAGACAAGUUUCAGUGUAUUGUUUAAGGCAGUUAAACUGGAUUUUUUUGGCUAUACAGAAUGUCUUUUAAUUUCUUUCUUUAAUAAAUAUGUCUUCAUAUAUAUGGUAUCUUAUA